ACCUGCGUGUAUUUUGAUUCCGUCAGUGGGAAUUUUUUAGUACAAGAUGGAGAGUCAAAAUGGAAAGUUUGAGUGAUUUUAUUAUUAGGGUGGAAAAUCCUUGUUAUUUUUAACGUUUAUCGUUAGAAAAGACAUCAAUCAUAUCAUUCCAGAUUAUCUGUAGUGUUGUUAGACGUUCCAUGUGCACUCACCACAUCGCAAAAGUGGAUUAUUCUCUUGAUUUUUGGAAGAGUUGAGUGUAUUACUUUUGCGCGUGAAAAAAAAAUCUUCCCCCAAGUUUUUCUUAUUUUUUUUAUUGCUCCACUCGAGAUAUAAUAGUAGAUUUUACAAUUGUGUACACCCCACGGCAAUUAAAUGUUCGUACAUUAUGUCGAAAAACAAAAUUAUACAUUCCAAAGCUGAUAGUGAUAUUAUAGAAAUAAAAUCAAAGUUUGAUGCAGAAUUUCGACGAUGGUCCAUGAAGCGUUCGGAUCAGGUGAGCUUCGAAGCAUUCUUCAAGCAAGUGGCCCACCUGCACAAUUUGGCCAACCUCCAAUUUCUCAUCUCCUACAUCGAUCCCAGUGACAAUGACCUGCUACCCAUCAACAAUGACGACAAUUUUGGUCGAGCAUUGCAAACAUCGAGGCCCAAUCUUCGGCUCAUUGUCCAGAGAAAAGGCGACAGUUUGGAGGAGAUCACAGGGUAUGGGACAAUGAAGCCACGCAAUAUUAUCAGCAGCAUUUUGGGUCAGACACCAGUGAAGGGCAAGGGACUAGCCAUUUCCAAUCCACAUGACUUUCGACAGGUGUCUGCGAUCAUUGAUGUAGACAUUGUGCCCGAAACUUGCCGCCGGGUGCGCCUCCUAAAGCACGGCAGUGACAAACCAUUGGGCUUCUAUAUUCGCGAUGGCACAUCCGUACGUGUCACGGCAAAUGGACUGGAAAAGCAACCUGGUAUCUUUAUAUCACGCCUCGUACCAGGUGGCUUGGCUGAAAGUACGGGUCUCCUUGCCGUGAACGACGAAGUGCUGGAAGUGAAUGGCAUUGAAGUGGCUGGAAAGACACUCGAUCAGGUGACAGACAUGAUGGUAGCCAAUAGCUCCAAUCUAAUAAUCACAGUGAAGCCGGCAAAUCAGCGAACAAUAGCACCACCACGUCGGGGAUCAUUCUCGCGAAAUAGUCAAUUGUCGAGUGGAUCACAACAGUCACACCACACAAACAUCUCCGACGAGAAUGAUCAGGAUGAUCAGGAUGAUGUUGUGGAUCUCACGGGGGCUGAUCCAUGCAGAUCCGAUGGAAUAUUGCAUCUCUAGGGCGAGUACGUAUCAAUGCUGAUAUUUUGUCAAUCCACUAUUUUGGCGUUUAAGAUGAAGAGUGGUUCAAUUUAAUUAUAGGGGAUACUUAAUUUUUUUUUUGACUAGAGUAUUUUCUUUUCUGAAAAUUGUACUUAUCAUUCCAGUUUUUGGGACUCUUAUACUUCUCAUAUACAUAUUUUAUAAUUACUUUUUUCUACUCACUACAUAGUGUAUUAAAAAAAUAUAUAUAUAUAUAUCAUAUUUGCAUGUUGAGAUUGUUGUAACUUUGUUACUAUCAACUUUUACCGGCAACAAUCUAAUUGUAUUAAUUUAUUGUAUUAUUUUUCUUUUUGCCUUUUUCCCGGGAGAUUUUUUUUCGAAAAAUAUUUAGAAGAAGAAAAAAAAUUAUAGUAUUAUUGUUAGAAAGAAAAAAAGGGGAUAUUUCUCUAGAAAAAAAGUAAUAAACAUAUUUUUAAAAAAAAAGCAAAUUGCGAUAAAAAUUCACAAAAAGAAGCAAUUGUAAAUAUAAAUAAAUUAAUUGUGCCUUUUUGGAUGAAGAAUACAAGAAGAAAAAAAAAACGUUGAAAAGCAAAAGAUAUUGAUAAAUUUACAAACUGUUGAGGAUAUUGUACUAUCAAAAUUAGAUUAAAAACAAAAAGAAUUUCCAAUCUACAAUUCGACUCAAUUGGUUAGAAGGGCAGCAAAGUGAAUCUUAAAAAAAAAAAUGUAUCAAUAAAUUGGGUGUACCUCAUUGAUUGCAUGUUAAUAGAAAAUGAAAAGAAAAAAAAACUGUCAUAGCGUGUUUCUGUCUCAAAGAGUUUGAUAAACAAGCAUUAGAAAAAAAACGUCAUGUAUAAUGAAUUUAAUCAGCAUUCCGCCCAUAUUUUCUUAAUAAAAAAAAACAAGGCUAAUAGUAUUGAAAGUUGAACUUAAAAAAAAAUUUACACCUUUACAUGUUUCGAAGAAUAGGAAAAAAAACAACAUAUUAGAAAGCAACUAACAAAACCGUAUUUUUAAAGACGAGGAACAAUAUUAACAUUUAAAACAAAAAAAAAAUAGUUCUUGAGUAGUUUAUAGGUGAUUUACGACUAUUGAUCAAUAUAUAUUAUUACAUACCAAAUUUAUUCUCUAUGAUGAUAUACUUAAAACAAAACAAAUUAAAGUACAGCUAUUAAAUUGCUAUUUUAUUGAUUUUAUGUAAAAUAUAAUUUUAAAAAAUCAA